AUGCCUGCAUGUGAUGCGCCUGUGCACAAGAACCUGCGUGGCUGUGCAGAGUUGGGCGUGUGGGCCACACGGACACCAUGCCCUAUCUCCCUGUGCCCCCAACAGCUGCCACUGGGCCCGCGAGAUGGGUGCUCUGCUGGGCGCCCCCUCCCCUGGCAGGGGCCUCGGACGCUCCUGCUGCGCAAGAGCCUGCAGGACGGCUUCGGCUUCACCCUGCGCCACUUCAUCGUCUACCCGCCCGAGUCAGCCGUGCACUGCAGCCUGAAGUCCCCCCGGCACCGCAUGGAGCCCAUGGACACCAUCUUUGUGAAGAAUGUGAAGGACGAUGGCCCCGCCCACAGGGCAGGGCUUCGCACAGGAGACCGGCUGGUGAAGGUGAAUGGGGAAAGUAUCAUUGGCAAGACCUACUCCCAGGUCAUAGCUCUGAUCCAGAAUAGCGAUGACACGCUAGAGCUGUCCAUCAUGCCCAAGGACGAGGACGUCCUGCAGCUGCGCCGGACGGGCCUCCUGCACGCACUCUCCUUCAGGGACUCGCCCUUCGGGGGGCUGCCCGCCUUCAGCUUGGCCCAGUCCCCUCCAUCGCUCCCACUGGAGGCCUCGGAACCGCCCAAGGCUGCCCGGCCUGAGUCCAGCCCCCGGGCUCUGGAGCCACCGGCAGAGGAGCGCCGCCAGGAGGUGGUGUUAAGACAGAAGCCCCCCACGGGCCGCAAAGCCCAGCUGCCCCCCGCAAGACAAAUGAACCUCGGGUUUGGUGACGAGUCCACUGAGCCAGAGGGCAGUGAGCGAGGGGAGCGGCCAGGCAGGAAGGUGGCCCCUUUGGCCACUGCUGAAGACUCCCUGGCUUCCAUCCCCUUCAUCGAUGAGCCCACCAGCCCCAGCAUCGACCUCCAAGCCAAGCAUGUCCCCGCCUCCGCGGUGGUCUCCAGUGCCAUGAACUCAGCCCCCGUCCUGGGCACCAGCCCCACCUCCCCCACCUUCACCUUUGCCCUGGGCCGUCACUACUCCCAGGACUGCAGUAGCAUCAAAGCUGGCCGCCGCUCCUCCUACCUCCUGGCCAUCACCACGGAGCGCUCCAAGUCCUGCGACGACGGGCUCAACUCCUUCCGCGACGAGGGCAGGGCUCUGCGGCGCCUGCCAAACCGAGUGCCCAGCCUUCGGAUGCUCCGAAGCUUCUUCACAGACGGGUCCUUGGAUAGCUGGGGCACUUCUGAAGAUGCAGACGCCCCUUCUAAGCGGCACUCAACCUCUGACCUCUCGGAUGCAGCCUUCAGCGAUGUCCGGAGAGAAGGCUGGUUGUAUUACAAGCAGAUCCUCACCAAGAAGGGGAAGAUGGAGGAGACUCUCUCCUCUCUGCCCCAGGACCCCGGCUGUGCCAACCAAGCUCUGAUCAGCAAGAAGCUUAAUGAUUACCGAAAAGUGAGCCAUAGCUCUGGGCCCAAGGCCGAUUCCUCUCCCAAAGGCUCUCGCGGCCUGGGGGGGCUCACGUCGGAGCUACUCAAGCAGAGUGCAGGGCGUGUCCUCAGGGUUCAGGACCUGCCGGCCGGGAGCAAGGAUGACAGUGCAGCUGUCCCCAGAACCCCCUGGGGCAUUAACAUCAUCAAAAAGAACAAGAAGGUGACCCCAAGGGCGUUUGGGGUACGCCUGGAGGAGUGCCAGCCAGCCGCAGAAAACCAGCGUGUCCCCCUGAUCGUGGCUGCAUGCUGUCGCAUUGUGGAAACUCGGGGGCUGGAGUCCACGGGCAUUUACCGAGUGCCAGGCAACAACGCCGUGGUGUCCAGCCUACAGGAGCAGCUCAACCGAGGGCCUGGUGACAUCAACCUGCAGGAUGAGCGCUGGCAGGACCUGAAUGUCAUCAGCAGCCUACUCAAGUCCUUCUUCCGGAAGCUGCCAGAGCCUCUGUUCACGGAUGACAAAUACAACGACUUCAUCGAGGCCAACCGCAUUGAGGACUCGAGAGAGCGGAUGAAGACGCUGCGGAAGCUGAUCCGAGACCUCCCAGGACACUACUAUGAGACCCUCAAGUUCCUCGUGGGCCACCUGAAGACCAUCGCUGACCACUCGGAGAAGAACAAGAUGGAGCCCCGGAACCUGGCCCUGGUCUUCGGGCCUACGCUGGUGAGGACAUCUGAGGACAACAUGACGGACAUGGUGACCCACAUGCCCGAUCGCUACAAGAUUGUGGAGACGCUGAUCCAGCACUCAGACUGGUUCUUCAGCGACGAGGAGGACAAGGGAGAAAGAACCCCCGUGGACGACAAGGAGCCUCAGUCGGUGCCCAACAUCGAGUACCUCCUGCCCAACAUCGGCAGGACGGUGCCCCCCACCGACCCAGGCUCUGAUUCUACCACCUGUAGCUCAGCCAAGUCCAAGGGCUCGUGGGCCCCCAAGAAGGAGCCGUACGCCCGGGAGAUGCUGGCGAUCUCCUUCAUCUCGGCCGUCAACCGCAAGCGGAAGAAGCGGCGGGAGGCGCGCGGACUGGGUAGCUUUAAAGACCCCUGGAACCUGCUGGGCCAGUGGUACAGCCUUCUGAAUCCCACGAAAGCCUGA